UGUAGAUGGGGUUGGGGUUAUAAGAAAUGCUGGACGUCAUAUCGAGCCAGCCUUAAAAGAUAUCAAUGCACUAGAUGAUUCUCUACAUUUUGAUAAAAUCAUGGUGAUACACCAUACAGACAGUGGAGCUAUCCACUUCACCAAUGAGGACAUUCGCGAUUCUCUCAGAGCUUGUAUGCCAACUAAGCAUCAUCAUGAAAUCAAUUAUAUGGCAUUCGGUGCAAUUGAUAACCUCAAACAGUCGGUCAUUAAUGAUAUCGCCAUACUUCGCGAAAAUCACUAUACACGAAGGAUUCGCUGA